AAAGAUGGCAGCGCUCGUAGACGUCGAAAAGCUGAACCAAGAUGGCCUCGUAGAGACCAUAUCGACCCGAGCCGGAGAAGGCGCGGAGCUGAACCAACUGAAGCGCGAGUUCACCCGCGCCAAGUCUUGAUGUUCUCCAUUGCUUGCGCGAUAGGUACAGGGCUCGUUAUCAGCUCAGGGGCGGCCCUAUCGGAGGGGGGCCCAGGGAGUCUUCUCAUCGCAUACCUCAUGGUAGGCGGCGCUGUCUUCUUCGUCAUGACUGGGCUCGGAGAAAUGGCUGCAUUUCUCCCCAUGAACAAGGGCUUCGGAGGAUAUGCUAGCCGUAUGGUUGAUCCGGCGUUUGGGUUCGCAACCGGCUGGAAGUAUUUCUUCAAGUACAUCAUCGCGAUGCCGUCAAAUCUGACAGCAGCAGGUCUCGUUGUUCGCUACUGGAGGCCUGAUCUAAACGUCGGGAUCUGGAUUGCAAUCUUCGGAGCCGUCAUCAUUUUUAUAAAUUUUCUGCACGUUUCAAAGCUCGGUGAGACGGAGUUCUGGCUUGGUCUAUGUAAGGUUCUGAUCAUGACCAUAUUGAUAAUCUCUUGUCUGGUGGUGGCCCUCGGCGGUGGUCCCAACCACACGAGAAGCGGCUUCCGAUAUUGGAGGGACCCAGGUGCCUUCAAAGAAUACCUCGUUGAAGGAAGUCUCGGGCGCUUCUUGGGUGUCUGGGCCUGCUUCUGCCAGGCCUGCUUCGCAUUUACUGGGACGGAGGUCGUAGGAAUGACAUUUGGCGAGACGCCGAACCCGAGGAAGAACAUCCCCAGAGCUGUGAAGCAGACUUUCUGGCGGAUUGCUGUCUUCUACAUCCUGGGCGUCAUUGUCCUAGGCAUGGCCGUGCCAAGCGACAACGAGUUGCUGAUCGGUGCUACCAAAAAGUCUACCAGCGCUGACGCUUCGCCCUUUGUUGUGGCUGUUCGUAUAGCUGGCAUUUCAGUCUUCCCGGACUUCGUAAACGCCUCGCUGCUGGUCUUCACCCUCAGCGCAGCAUCCACAGAUAUCUACUGCGCCUCUAGGUCUUUGUAUGGUCUUGCAAGGGACGGACAGGCCCCACGAAUCUUUGGGAAGACCCGGGAGAACGGGAACCCGGUUUAUGCUGUGGGCAUAACGUGCCUCUUUGUAGGCCUAGGCUUCCUAAACGUCGCCAAGUCUGCCGCCACUGUCUUCCAGUACCUCAUUAGCCUCGUCACCAUCUUCGCCGUUCUCAACUGGAUGGCGAUCCUGGUAUCCCACAUCUCUUUCCGCCGGGCGUUGAAGGCGCAAGGCAUCGCAGCCAAGGACCUAUCAUACACAGCUUUUGGCCAACCUUGGGGUUCAUACUACGCUCUGACCAUAUCAUUGCUCGUCAUUGUGUUCAGCGGGUAUGACGCCUUUACUCCGACCUUCCAUGUUGGCAAGUUCAUCUUGAAAUAUCUGGGCGUGGUAAUCUUCGUCGCCAACACCGUCAUCUGGAAAUGGUGGAAGGGGACAAAAAGGGUGACAGCAAGCACCAUGGAUCUCGUCACGGGCAGUAGGAAGUACCAGGACAGGGAGACUGCCUCGGAGAAAGAAUGGACGGAAGGUUUCUGGCAUAAGAUGCUUCACAGGUUGAAGAAGUAG